AUGGUAACACCAUCAGAUGGUGAACGACACGGCUCGGCCCUGGCUCGUUCCUCUUCAACUCCCUUUGAUGGAGUUCCCUCAAUGGCGGGCCUCGACUUCAAACCUGCACCUCCAGGGCAGGGUGACUCAAGAGUUGUGAACGGCACAGAAGCGGGAGAUAACGAGUUUCCUUUCAUGGCUCAAUAUGUCCGUUACGGUGUACCAGAAUGCAGCGCUACAAUCAUCAACGAAUACUGGGUGAUGACUGCUGGUCACUGUGUGGAUGGAAAGGAGAUCCGCGUGUCUGAUGUUCGAGCCGGUACCAACAGUGUGAGGAAUGACACUGGAGUACUCAUCCACGUCAGCGAAUUCGUCUUCCACGAUAAUUACCAUUACGACUACAUAAACGACGUAGCUCUGAUUAAGUCCGAAUCUUCAGCUGAAACACUGCGGAAGGCUGACAUCCCGGUGUGGUCUGAUGCGGACUGCCAGGAGGCGUACGCAGGCUACGAGUACCAGGUCCUGGAGGAGGACAUCUGCGCCGGCAUGCCUGAAGGAGGCAGGGGGCAAUGUAGCGGAGAUGGAGGAGGACCCUUGUUAGUGAACGGAACUCAGAUCGGUAUAGUCUCGUGGUCCAGGAAACCCUGUGUUACCAAAGGAUCUCCUGGCGUGUACGUUGAAGUUUCGUACUACGUCGACUGGAUCAAAGAGAAGACAGGGAGAGCUUAA